GGAUAGUGAGUGACACCGGGCGGACGGGGCGCGGGAAGCGGCCGCUCGGAGCAGCGCGAGGCCGAGGCCUGAGGCCUACACACGGUUCUGCUGCCAGAGAGGAAAGAUGAUGGCCGCCUUUUGGCUCCCGCUCCCCCACAGGAAGCGCGUGUUCGCAGGGUGGGAUCGCCUCCGUCAGGUCCCGUCGCUCAUUGACGGGGCUCCUCAGAUUUGGAGAAAUUCCAAAGGGGGCAAAAGGGACUUCAGAAGCCGUCCUCUGAUCUGGAGAGAGUGCCUGCAGCACAACAAGAACCUGGCACCGUGCAGCAGAGGGUGUGGGAUUCUCAGGACUUCUGGACUCGUGGCGAAUGCUCCGCUGGUUGGAGCGGUGUCCCGCCACACUGUCCAUGCUCCCGUCUGCGCUCUGCGCAGGAAAGGCUUCACCGCUAGAGACGCCUCGUCCUCCCCUGCGGCCAGCUGCUUUCACACGUCAGCCCGGGCUCCGGCUCUGCCGUUUCCUCUGAUAUUGUUUUUGCUCAAACCGGUGAAAAAAAUCGUGGCCAUGAUCCUUGGGAGGAGUAUCCGCAACUGGUGGCAAGGCCUCCCGGCUCACAAGCAGGAGUUGCUGAAGCACAGCGUGAGGAAGAACAAGUGGAGGAUUGUGCUGGGCGUGUGCGGGCUGACAGGCCUGAUUGUGACCUAUCUCUGGCUCCACUACGACACCAGUCAAAUCACGGGCCGAAGCCGUCUCCUCGUCUUUAGCCAGCGGCAGCUCCUGGAGCUCGCUGCCAUCGAGUACGAGUCGAUGCUGAAAACCUAUGAGGGGACUUUGGUGCCUGAAACUGACCAAGCCUAUCACACAGUUCAGUUUGUUUUUAAUCAUCUGGUUGAAAAGAACAAAGAUGUCCCAGGAAUGUCCAGGAUUAAGUGGAAUAUUAAUGUGGUUCAAGAUGCUGAGAUAAAUGCCUUUAUACUGCCGAACGGGCAGGUGUUUGUUUUGACGGGGCUGCUCUCAGCCGUAGCAGACACUGACCAGCUAGCGUGUAUUCUGGCCCAUGAGAUGGCUCACUGCCUCCUCGCACACGGGGCGGAACAUGCCAGUUUUGUUCAGCUGCUAGAUUUCCUGUCCCUCAUUAUACUGACUCUAAUCUGGGCUGUGUUCCCUCGGGACAGCCUCGCUCUCCUAGGGCAGUGGAUACAGUCGAAACUGGUGAAGUACAUGUUUUCCAGACCGUACUCCAGGAAGUUGGAGACAGAGGCAGACGAGAUUGGACUGCAGCUCGCUGCAAAGGCAUGCGUUGAUGUGCGAACAAGCAGCGUUUACUGGCAGCAACUGGAACUGCUGAAGAUUGUGUCGGGCACAUCAAGGACCCCUGAGUGGUUCUCCACACAUCCCUCAAACGAGAGUCGGGUUGAACAUCUGAAUCAGCUAAUUCCUCAGGCUGUGAAGCUGAGAGAGGUGUGCGGCUGCCCGGCUCUGCCCUCCAUCGAUCCCCGCCUGGUUUUCAAGCUCAGUUUGCAGGAGCUCCUGAAGGCCUCAAAGAAGUCAGAAGGCACAAGUCACGCGGACUCAGGGGCUGAGCUUCCCCUCCAGGACUCCGACCCCAGGGCGGCCAGAUUGGAAAGGAUGCCUGUGGCGCUCCCAGCACGGAUGCUCCAGGCCUCCACGCUCUCUCCCAAAUAAGUAUGCUUGUUUUGCGUUGAGCGCGGAAAGUGGGAUUGGCAAAUAUUAAAGAGCUCCUGGGGCAAAAUGGCUGAGGUGGGGUCUCCUCCUGCGCCUCGCUUCACCAAGAUGAAGAGCUGAAACUUUCACACUAUGUGACUCCAUAACGGGAGCUUAAAUAUGAGCAAGCCAGCGUAGAUCAAAUGGGGGAACUCCUUCACUGUACUGUGCCGGCAGCUGUGGUCGAAGCAAAAAGCAACACGUUCAAGAGAAAACUUCAUGCACGCACGAAGGUGAAGGGAAUGGGAAGGGGGUGGAGUGUAAAUACCGGCUCGGCGUAUGAUUCUAUUUCACGUUUUCUCUAUUUCGCAGCCUUAAAAUCAAAACCCCAGAAGGAAUCAAUUAGGAAGUUUAACAGGGAGAUUCUUGGGAAGUCGGGUAUUAAUAAUAAUAGUAAUACAAUAAUCUUGUAUUUGAUAUAGCACU